AAAGAAUUGAAACAGAAGGAGAACAUACUACUGGUGGCGCACAUAACUCUUCAAAUGAGUAUAUCUAUGAUAUCUGGAUGAAUUUAAACCCCGUUGGUUCAUCAGAAGCAUCAUGAAUCUUAAAGACAUAGCGGGGUGGAAUAAGAAGGUUUCUGCGGUGUACGCUGCUGGUAUCUGGACUAUGAUCUGCUCGUUCGUGUAUUAUAAAUACACAGGUCGUUUUGAGGACAUGCCAGCAAUAGAGGAUGUGGAAGAGCCAGAAGAUUCAAACAAGCAUGUCUAUCGCUCUGCUCACAACAAAACCAUCAUCGUCUACAAGAAAGACUUUGUGCCGUACAGCACAAGGAUCUACAAUCUCAUAAAAUCCUUCAGCGGUGGACCUGGACCUGGAGACAGCGACAAGUAGCAGUAAAUGUGGGAGGACAUUAAUUUUACUUGGACAGUCUCCUGACAGGAUAAUGUUUCUGUCAACAGUAUGCAGGACUGUUCCUCUCUUCCAAACAACAAUUAAACUGCUGCAAACACUCAUGAUGUUUAAAUAAACUUUUGCAUUUUUAGAA